AUGACAAAACUUACGAUUCUGCUUUCGGUUCUGCUACAGUUGUUUUCUGUUCUUGCAGAAGUCCCUAAAAAAACGGAAUGGUCCAGCCAUACUACGUACUGGACUAGUACACUUGAAGCAUUAAGGACUGUAACGCCAACAGGAACAGAGAGAGCUGUGAUAGGUGAAGCUCCUUAUGAGUACAAACUUAUUGGAAAUGAUCAAUUUGACCCCGGUUUAAAUGCUAAACGAGAGAUUAUUGAUUGUGAGGCAGUUUGUUGUGGAGCAGUGCCAACAUCAGACCCACUUAAAAGGAGAGACGUCUGUGAGUGUGAAAAUGUCUGCUGUCCAGGAGAUGACUGUGAAACGUACGUGACCACAACCCAACCAUGGACAGGCACUUACGAGACCACCUACACGGUUCCGCCUUCGGGUACUGAGCCAGGAACUGUUGUGAUCGAGACUCCCGAAAUUACUGAUUGUGAAGCAGUUUGUUGUGGAGCAGUGCCAACAUCAGACCCACUUAGAAGGAGAGACGUUUGUGAGUGUGAAAAUGUCUGCUGUCCAGGAGAUGACUGUGAAACGUACGUGACCACAACCCAACCAUGGACCGGCACUUAUGAAACCACUUACACAGUUCCACCGACCGGAACUGAGCCAGGAACCGUUGUGAUCGAGACUCCGGUGACCUAUGUGACUACUACCCAACCAUGGACCGGCACUUACGAGACAACUUACACAAUUCCACCGACCGGAACUGAGCCAGGAACCGUUGUGAUCGAGACUCCCGAAAUUACUGAUUGUGAAGCAGUUUGUUGUGGAGCAGUGCCAACAUCAGACCCACUUAGAAGGAGAGACGUUUGUGAGUGUGAAAAUGUCUGCUGUCCAGGAGAUGACUGUGAAACGUACGUGACCACAACCCAACCAUGGACCGGCACUUACGAGACAACUUACACAGUUCCACCGACCGGAACUGAACCAGGAACUGUUGUGAUCGAAACUCCGGUGACCUAUGUGACCACAACCCAACCAUGGACCGGCACUUAUGAAACCACUUACACAGUUCCACCGACCGGAACUGAGCCAGGAACUGUUGUGAUCGAAACUCCGGUGACCUAUGUGACCACAACCCAACCAUGGACCGGCACUUAUGAAACCACUUACACCGUUCCACCAACAGGCACUGAGCCAGGAACUGUUGUGAUCGAGACUCCAGUGACCUAUGUCACUACCACUAAACCUUGGACUGGUACUUACGAAACUACUCACACGGUUCCUGCAAGUGGCACGGAGCCAGGAACUGUGAUUAUUGAGACUCCAAUUAAGUACUUGAACACUUCGAUUUCAGCAUCUACCAGCACAUGGACUAAAAUUAACACUGUCACACAAUUUAUUUCCUGCCCUGUUUGUACUAUACCCAAAACGAUCACAGUUACUCCAAAAAUUUCAAAUGAGACUGUGACUAUUAUUAUUUCUCAACCUCAUGGCACUUCUUCCAGAACUACCACUGUAGUCAAAACGGACGGUGCCUCUGUAAGUAGCCACAGCUACAAAACAGCACUGACGACGGACGUGAAACCAGAGGAAAAGACUAGUACGAAACUUGGCACAGUUACAACUGUUAGUGGUUCACAUAGUGCUAUUGACACUGUCACUGGCAGUUUAAGUGAUUAUCAUGCCUCUAGUAUCCCUCAUACUGUUAAGAGUGAGGAAAAAGCUUCUUCUACUGUGACACAUACCAUAUCAUCAUCUACUGUUUACCAAGUUUCUCCUUCUAAUGGAGCAUCUUGGUUAAGUGUACGACUAAACACUGCGUUGAGUAUAAUUGGUACUCUAUUUGCAGCGGUAUUCAUUUGA